ACAACCACAAACGUCUAAGUUUUAUUACGACUUAAGGUCAUAAAUCAUCACAUAUGCUUGCAUAUCUAAACGUUUUCUCUUGCUCUGAUUGGAUGUUUGGAGCGGCUGUCCCGUGGCCCCACUCUCCACAACUCUCCACAUCUCUGCCCCUGUCGAUAGGUCACUCCCCCGCAGCGUGAUGCUGCCACCACCACCUGGAAUCUGAAGGAUGACCCCAAAAUAAGGGAGAUGUGCUCUCGCAGAAUAAAAAAAAAGAAAAUCAAAGACAGAUUUUUUUUUUUUUUGUUCCCCCUCGCAGGCUGAAAGCAUUUAAGUGGCAGCAGCGCGGACAGAGACAGCCUGCCUCUCUCCAGCUUGGUUUCUACUCUACUGAAUUCAGUCCCUGUUUGGUAACGCAGCAUCAAUUUGGCAUUCUCCUACACACUGCGAGAGAAACCUCGGCGGCGUCCAUGCGCAAGGAGGUCCACCAUGAGCUCUGAAAGGCGCUGAGAAGACACAGAGAAGAUGAUGCCCUCCAUUCUCCAGGCGCUCCUCCUGGCAGAGGCCUGCCUCUGCGUCUGCGGGGCCCCCACGUACGUCCCCGGCUUCAGCCGGAUGCAGGACAGCUCCUGCGAAGAGCGCUGCGCGACAGACCGGGUGGCGCGCACCACAGAGUCCGCCCCGUCGGAGAAAGAGCGCGUUACCAGCUUCAUGCUGGAUGUGGGCGCAGGAGGAGGGACUGGCCCACAUGGAGGGCCGGGGGGGAUAGGUCCAGUGACGCAGGCGAGAAACGGGAUCAGCGCUCGUGGAAGAUUUGGGUUGAGCGAGGCUGGUCGAAAGGAGACCGAGAGCGAACCUGAGGGGGGAGAUGUAGGUCUUGUAAAGGAGGACAAGCCUGUGGGUCCAACAGAUGGGAGACAACAGGUGGACGCCGACAUGAACACCCACACGCGGACUUCAGGUAGUUUCUGGGCCUCCAUUGCGCCGCAGACGGACUCUUCCUACAGCCAAAAGAGCAAACAGGGCGGAACAGACGCGACCAAAUCGUCCGCUUUUGAUUCUGGACAGGAUGGAUACUCUGAGGCGACCUUGCAGUCUUCUCCAAACACUCCCCUCUGGUCCCCCAAACCGGUCUCCUUUAGUCCCGUCCCUCCGUUGGUGCUGGUCACUCCUCGGACUUCCACACAGCCGUCAGCGUGGGGCCAGGACAGACCAACGAAAUCCUCGCCUUCAUUUCUCCUUCUACCUGAAAUCGGACCGCUGAACAUGAUGCCCAGAGACGAUGGCCUGGAGAGUCUUUGGACCGAGGCGACGAGACCUGCAGGAGCAGACACGGCGGUCCCGCUCCCUCAGGACGAAGCCACAGAGGCCACCAUGUCUUCAGAGGCCCUGCCUCUGAUCUUCGAGCCAUUCGAAGACGCCACAGAGGAGGGACCAGCCGGAGCAGCAGCGGUGGUCUCCCAGGCACCAGUCGGGUCUCCUGGUGCCAUGGCAACCAGGCUGCCGCCCACGUCAGAGGCGGACCCGGACCAGCUGGUGAACUCUGACCCGAGCGAUGGCCCCUCCAGAGAGCCGCCGGCUCUUCUAUCCGAAUGGACUUCACCUUGGCAGGCGUCUGGCUCGGAGCUGCUGGAGCCGGUCGGCGCCGGAACCGCUGCCUCACAGCGGCAGGUCCAGACUGAGCAGGAGGAAGACCAUCCAGGGACAGGAACUGCGAGGACCACAAACUCUGAAGCAGGAACAUCCAGCCAUAACACAAUAACAACCAUUGCGAGCCAUCAGCUCCUGCACAAAUCCAGAACGGGAAUAGAGGAGAUGGAGUCUGAGGAGGAGCUGGAUGAAGAUGAAGACCACGAGAACUCCGAGGAAUCGGUGGAAGAAGACAGUGAAGAAGACCUAACAGAAGCGCCAGAAACGUCCUCCACGCAGCCACCGUACAGCCUGAUCCCUCCGCCACCGGUCUGGGUCCAGCGCAACCAACGGCUGAUGCGCAGCUGGGCAGAGCUGAUCAGAGAAAAGGCCGGGUAUGUGUCCGGGAUGUUGGCCCCCGUGGGCAUCGGCAUCACCGGGGCCCUGUUGAUCGUCGGCGCCCUCUACAGCAUCCGAAUGCUCCACCGCAAGAGAAGGAACAGCUUCAAACACCAGAGGAGGAAGGCCAGGCAGCCGGAGCAACCCCGGGAGCCUGGCACCAGCUGUCAGGAUCAGGCCAUGCUGCUGGCUGACAGCUCCGAGGAUGAAUUCUGAGAGCAUUCAGGCUUGUUUUUGUGAGCGAUCAUCAGCAGAUGCUCUCCAGCAGGAGCGGUCUGGAAGACGUCUCCGUCAGCAUCAACCCCAUCAGUCUCGUCUGUUUGGGCGCGGCUCAUCUGAUACACACAGAAGAAGAAGAAGGGCACACACUGUUUGCAAUGUAAACAGAGUGUGUGUGUGUGUGUGUGUGUGUGAAAGUUCCUCAAAUUAUAUACAGUCAUUGCAGAAAGAAGGUGCACAAACUUUCAGUUCUUGAUAUUUAAGUGUACAGAAACACACACCGAUUUUCCACUCUGUCCCAGGUUUUUUAAGCAAAGAUGAGGCUAAAAUAUUGUCACGGUGUCGCUUCUUCACAUGACCUAUUGCUGAACCGAAGUUAGUUUCUGAUUCGGGAAAUGGCUAAAGGGGGAUUCCACCUAAUUAUUCACUACCUUCCGCAUCUUUAAUCAACUCUAGUUACAAAACUACAACACCUAGACACUUCAAACGUGGACUGGAUUAUUCUGCUCUAAUAGCAGAAUAUUUAAAACCAUGUUUGGGAUUUGUGAAUUUUUUUUUUCCCGAUUUGUGAAACUGUAAUAAAGGACAAUUUUUGUCCUUUUUCUCGGUCACACUAGAUCUGCUCUAAUUCAAAACUACAACACCUAGCCACAUCUAGGUUUUGUAGUUUUUUUUAACUAGAGUUGAUUAAAGAUGCGGAAGGUAGUGAAUAAUUAGGUGGGAUCGCCCUUUAGCCAUUUCCCGCAUCGGAAGCUGGAAUCGGAAAACAACUUCAGCUUUGUUGACCUAUUCGCGCGGCUAACCUAAAGGUCGAGAAAACGUCUGGAUACAGAGAGGAGUUUGUUGUCCACUAAGCAAUUUUAGGCUGUUCAGAUCUGAAUUAGCAGAAAACAUACCUAUUUGACCAUUCUUCCAUUGGACAUAUCUAAAAUAUUUUCAGAAAAUGCACUUUGGGAAUCUGAAACACUUUGGACUAAUGCUAGAUGUCCAAAUCCAGCCAAUCCAGGAGCGCCUUUCAUUUUUCUUAGGCGCCGAUUGGCUGUAACCAAAAUACAGGAAAUAUAGAAGAUUGUAGACUUUACUGUGCUAAGACAGUCUCCAAUGUGGUCUCAACAAAGAACAUCUUAUUAUAAACUUUAACAUUUAAUAUCUACAACUGUAGCUUUUUUGGGGAUUUUGGUAAUUCUCUUGAGCAUUGUAGAGUCUCACCUGGAUUGACAACUGUCCUAAAUGAUGUCUAGUAAUCUUUCUCACUUCAAUUGUGUUCGGCAGCUGCAGAAACUACAGUUCAAACACUCCCUAAAGCUCUAAGCUGGCGUCUGCCUAUAAAUUAUGUUUGGAACAGAUCAUAAAAGCAAAAUGCUGCUAAAGAUGCUCAUCAUGAAGGGUUUCGAAUAAUUUAAAAAUAUGCGUUCGUUAUGAAAAGUGGCAUUUUGUAUUUUAUUUGAUUAUUUAUCAAAUAAAAUAAAUUAUAAAAAUAAAUUAUAUAUAUAUAUAGGAUUACUCAUUUUUGGUUUGCUUAUUACAAAACACAUCUAUUUAAAAAAAAAAGAAAAAAAAAAGUGAAUUUCAGUGGGAGUUGCAAACACUGUAGAUCAUUUUGAAUCUGAUAAAGACCGGAUCAUUUCUAAUGUGUUUUCGUAGAUAAAGUCCUGGUUGUGAAAGAGAGCUAACUUUCUUUCUACCAUGAUUGCAGGCUUGGAAAAAUAAACCCGACAGAGUCUUUCACAGUCCAGCCCAAAAUCAUUCAGACUCAUAAUUUAUUAGCAGCAACUAUUCAUAGAAUAUAUUUAUGUCAGCUAUAGAUAAAUGACAAGCGGCAAAAAGGGAGACAUUUAAAACAUCCUGUUUUGCAUAUUUAGUUCAGAAUUAUUCACGACUUUUCCUCAAUGUUCAACUUAUUUAGUUUUUUAUAACUUCUGCAUGUUCCUAAUUAUUGGUUUCUUGGAGAAAACCCCGAUCUAAGCAUUUUCUGCACACAGUGUGAUGUUUACCUCCAGAAUCUUUCGCUCGCGAUAGCGUUUUCUUUGACAGGGCUCACGCAGCAGUCUUGUGUCCAAAACAUCUGCUCAGCAGCGAUGAGCAAACACUCGCCCGUUUGUCCCGAUAAAGCGUUUUAAGAACUCGAGGUGAGACUUUUGUUUGCCUGGCUGAGAGGAACGGAGGCCGACCAGUUUACAGAGAUAAGCCCGAUAUGAAAGGCGCGCUGGGGUCGGAGCCUUGAGACGCCAAAGCAGAGUUCACACUUCACUGAGGAAGGCCUCGCAGUGACCUGUGGGGUUUUGGAUGCUGGAAACAUCAGGAGGCCUCCAAAAGCCUCGGAUGUUUAGCAGCUGAGAACCGAAGCAGUCGUGGAAUAACUAAAAACAUAAAAAUAAAAAAAAGUAAGAUUUUUACUGCUGCUUUAAUCCUGUCAGUGUAGGAUUUAUGAGAGAAGCCACUUUAAUCAGUUUUCGUCUUUUAUUGCGAGCUUGGUUUUAUAUUUUUGUGUCAAUAAAAGAAGCAAGAACGUAUAGCUGACUGUAAAUAGCUCACCUGGACACUUUUAGAAUGAUGUCUCAUUCAAUUGGGCCGUUGUAAGAUAAAAAACAAACACUAGAAAGCUAUUUCCCAAAAUACGAAACCCUUAUUAAGACCAAUUUGGUGUCAAGGUCAUAUUCACACUAGCGUUUACACACGCAGUGCCUUGCAAAAGUAUUCAUUCAUGUACUUUUUCACACGUCGUCACGUUUCAGCUACAAACCUCAAUGCAACUUUGAAUUGUUUACUCUUUUUUUUUUUUAACAAAUAAACUUAUAAAAAAAUGAAGAAAAGUGAGCAUAUAUGUGUUCAGCCCACUAUAAUCACUAUAAUGAUUAUUGACUGCUGCGUGUUGCUCUGUAAAACACAGUGACUUUCGAACUGUGGAAAAGCUCAAGGGGUGUGAAUACUUUUGCAAGAAACCGUACUGCUCUGUAAAAAUAAAUAUUCGCUUCUUUAUGAGGAUCAAACUUUUGGUCAGUGGUGACUGCCUGAUGCAACAUUGCUGUAAAAAGCUUUAAAUUGAACCAGUUUUGACAUUGUUUUUAAUCUUUCAACUCUUUCAAGAGGUAAAUGAGCUCAUCUCAUCUCCUUAUGUUAUCACCAGGAGAUAAAAUGAGCUUAUUGUUACAUUAUUAUUGCUUAUAGAAGCAAAAUGUUGGACCUAAAAAAAAAAGCCUUUGGGGUUCUCUGCUGCUUUCUAUUCAUGAUAAGGAGAUUUAGUUAAAAGUGUCAAUAAUUGGAAUUUAAUUUCUACGUGUCAUUUCCAGUGAUGACAUCUGUUGUGUGUUGUAGUUAUGUGAUCUCUUUCAAAGAAAAGAUGUCUAGUUUAAAUGAUAUUUUAAAGGAAAUUUAUAUCAAAUUCUUUUGACAGAAGUUGCUGGAACAAAGCACAUACCGAACAUCGUCAUUCUAUUUACAACAUGUAGCAUAAAAUACACUCUGAUGUACAAGAUAACUUGUAUGUAAACUCAUCCCCGCUGGACUAUUUUCUCAUCUUUGACCUCCAUGACGCACCGAGGGAGAGUAGAAAGAAAAGAUUAGAUGUUUCCAAAUCUCUGGAGAUUCAGUUUAUUUGCUUAACCUGCUUUUAAAAAGCAGAAUUGUGAAUUGGGAUUAAAGAUAUGGGAUGAUUAUAAGCAAUAACCAAUAAGGUCUAAUUAAAACACGUGGAACCUUUCGUCAGUGUGACCUGCUUCCUGCUUGUUUACAUAUUUCUGUUUUAAUGUGAGCGUGAUGUAAAAUGUUUACGGUCUGUAAAUACAAAGAGUUGUGAUCAAAUAAACAUUUCUUGUAGAUGUCUUUCUUUUUGUUUAUUGACCACAACAAACCUGUUUUUAAUAAAAAUAUUUGACUCUUUAAUUUGUUGCCGCCUUUUUAAAAAAUGUUUUAGAUGUAAUGUUCAAAGCAAAUAGGAUUUUACUGUGCUGUAUGAAUAAAAUGUACUUUAUCAAAUGAGUUUUGCGUGUUUGAAAUCUUUUUUAAAAUUUUUUUUUUAUUUAAAGAGCCAAUUAUGUACAAGUUCCAGUAUCAGUAGCAGGAACACACACCCUCAGCAUGACGCUACCACCUCCAUGCAUGACCGUGUGUUCUUACGGUUUUAAGAAGAAACAAAGCAACUCGAUUCCUUCCAAACGUUCAACUUCUGUACCGACUUCAACACAGUUGUAGGCUCCAAACACACAGUAAGUUCAGACUGGUUUUGGAAGCUUAUUGCGCGAUUUUUCCCUGCAGUUCUCAACUCAACGCUACUAAAUAUUUAAGGAAUAUGAUAGAAAAGCUAUGCUACUUCUCAUGACAUAUGAAAUAGCCGGAAAUUAGCAAAACGAUUGUUGGCGGGAACUUAACCAAGUAUACUUAUCCAAAUAUAAACAGGGUAGUAUGGAUUUACUUGCACUUGCAUGCAUAACUCUGCCAUAAAUUAAAACUUGUUCUUGUACUUAAAAAUAAAAUCAUUGAUGUUGCUCGAAUGCAAUUUAGAAAAGACCCAAAUUAUGACACGCAUUUAAACACCGAAAUGGCCCUGAGUGUGUGGAUAAGUGUGUGUGUGUCAAGUCAGACAGCAGACAAGACAAUUCAGUUUUACAGCAUUAAAAAAAGAAAUCAAAUAAUUUAUUUCUGUGUUCUUUUUCCACAUUAAAUAAAAGCCAUUGGACAUUUCCAGAUCGAAAAUGAAGGAGAGAGAAGAGGUGAGGGGGAGGGGAGCAGCGCGUGUGUGUGUGGGGACAGACAUGCAAAAAUAAACGACUUCCUCUCCCCCUUUCUUCCUGCCGCGUGGGUCUCUCGUUGGAGGUGGUGCGUCUGUCUCUGAAGGACUUGCAGGAACCUCUGCGUGGCUGAGCCAAUAAUAAUCUGAGGGGCGUGGGUUUUUUUUUUUUUAGCUGGGAAUUUAUGGUCAGAACUGUUGGGUGGCAGCCGGCCGCCUUACUUCGUCUGGCUGACGCUUUAUGAAAUGAAUGCAACACCAGUCAGUGGCUAUGAAUUGAUGAUGACAAAGCCCUUCAGUCUGUGAUCAUGGCCUGAAUGGAGGCUGUAAUGACCAGGAAAUUCCAGGAAGUGACCAAUACUUGCAGAAUUGAGAGAAUUGUGGAUGGUUUUCGUCAAAAGCAAUAACAACCGGUGGGAAAGACUGAGGAAAGGUCAACCUUCAGAAUGAACCUGGAGCUCUAAAGAGGGUCACCAAUAAAACUGAAGGAUGUCAGACAAGCAGGAACACUUUGCUUCUGAGGGUCUAGGUUAUUAUAUUUUUUUUUUUGCUCAUCAUUCUCACUGAACCUCUGAAUGGGUUAAAGUAGCACAGAAAUAAAAAUAAAAAAUCUAGUAAAAUAACUCUGUCCCAACCCCACACGUUAAAAAAAAAAAAAA